AUGCGGAAAGUGGUGACAUCUAUGAGAAGCCGUGCAAAUGCGCUCCUCAUAAGGCAGGUCAUUUACAUGCCAGCUUUUCAAGUUGUUGUAUAUGACUAUCUCCUUCCGAUAAGGCGUCCCAAAAAGCAUGCAUUUGCAGAGGGCAGUUUUCUUAAGCCCCAAAAUAGAAUGAAACACAUCCUUGCAAAUGGGCUGCUUUGGGCCAUAGCCCGCAGGUAUUUCCAUGAUCACCUUGCAAAGCGGGUUCACCUGCCAUGCGGCGAUCAUCAGCAAACUUAUCCACAUCAACGUCUCGUUGCCAAACUCAAUCUUUCGCGCUUGCUCCUCCGUCUAUCGAGCGCAACAAUUCCCAGCAAAAACACAAACACCGGGCGGACAACGCUUGAAGUAAUGACGUUUGUACAACCAAAAGUCACGGAACGAACAGAGCACGUGCGGACACAUGUUCGGAUCACCAUCCACGCCGAUGCACCCGCAUCUGCCAUUACUAAUAGCGUAGAUCCGUUGCAAAAACGUGAAGUUGUGCGACCCAAACUCGUAGGCGAAAUCCCCAUAUUUUUCAGGAGCAUUGAGCCCACAAGGUGGAAGAGGCGUACUCCUUUUUUUGGUCCCAUUGUUACUGCAGCAGAUGGAGGCUUCUCGCACGCGCAGCUGCUCCAUUAUACGCGCAAGACGUUCCUUAGCUUCGUCCAUGUCUCGACGGUAGCUUUCUCCGAUCCAAACGACCUUCGACUUCUUUGCGGGCGAAGACAUGACGCACGAAAAAAAAAACCGGCAACCCGCGCCCCAACCCUACCUCCACACUCUCGGAAAACACAAACGAGCACGCCAGAGGCAGCGAAAUCGCACGUUUGCAGCGACACGAAGACGCCGCGCGCGGGGCGCUGCGAGCAGCGCUGA